AUGGGCGAGGUCCUUGGUCUACAACAGCAGAAGACCAGCGCCGAACAAAAGUAUAUGGAGCGAGCGGAUGAGGCAGCUGGAAACGCCAAGCCGGUGAAUGCUCAUGGGGAACCGACUUGCGCGGCUGAGGAUCACACUUUCAUGGAGCAUAAACCUGGUGGCUCAGGGACAUUGCCCGGAUGGGAGACUAUGAAGAAUGUGCUUGGGGGGCACAAGUGGCGAGGCCAGUUAGGAAGCGGCUAG